AUGGAGCCCGAUCUGGCGACGUUCCCGGAUGCCCUCCGGGGUAAGCGCAUCCUGCUCUGCACCGAGUCCUUCGGACCCGUUAACGGUGUCUCCCGGACGACGCUGAUGCUCGUCAACCACCUGCGGGCCAACGGCGUUGACGUCGCCGUCGUUGCACCGCACACGGGCGAAAAGACCUUCACACCGGAACCGACCAGCCAAGCCGCGAACCAGGCCAAGCAGAAAAAUGCCGACGUUCGUGUCCACGGCUACCCGCUGCCCUACAACCCGGAGCUUUCCGUUGUGUACCCGGUCCGGGUCUCGACGCUCUACAAACGCACCUUCGGCGCCGCCCCGGACCUCAUUUACCUCGCCUCGCCGGCGUCCCUCGGCUUCCAGGUGAUGCUCCAGAUCCGCCAGCAGCCCCCCGCGCGGCAGACCCCGAUCAUCUGCAACUUCCAGACCGACCUUGCCGCCUAUUGCACGAUCCUCUUCCCCCAGCCCUUCAGCACGCUGGCCGUCGCCGCCCUCGCCACCGUGCAGGGGUUCCUCUUCCGCCACGCGUCCGUCAAGACCAUCUUCUACCCGAGCCGCGCCGUGCGCCGCUACCUCGCCUCCUCGGGCCAGCAGGGCGGCGGCGUGCGCUGCCCCGCCGCCAAGCUCGAGCUGCUGCAGCGGGGCGUCGACACCCAGCUGUUCCACCCGUCGCGCCGCAGCGACGCCCUGCGCGCCCAGGUCGCGCCCGCCGGCGAGAUCGUGCUGAUCUGCGUGUCGCGCCUGGCCGGCGAGAAGGGCUUCGGAUUCCUGGCGGACGCGGCCGCCGCGCUGGACCGGCGCGGCCUGCCGUUCCGCCUGAUGAUCGUGGGCGGGAACCGCAGCGCGGCGGUCGAGGCCGAGAUCAAGGGCUUGUUCGCGCCGCUGGUGCAGCGCGGGAAGGUCGUCUUUGCCGGGUUCCUCGUGGGCGAGAAGCUCGCUGCGGCGUAUGCCUCGGCCGAUAUCUUCCUGCACUGCUCGGUCACGGAGACGUUUGGGCUGGUGGUGCUGGAGUCCAUGGCGAGCGGCGUGCCGGUCGUGGCGCGCGACGAGGGCGGGCCGAGCGACAUCGUGCGGGACGGCGAGAGCGGGUUCCUGACGCCGCCGGCGGAUUUGGACGCGUUUGUGGAUAAGGUGAUGAUGCUGGCCGAGGACGCCGAGCUGCGGAGGCGCUGCGGCGAGAAUGCGCGCCGCCAGGCCGAGGAGGCCACCUGGGAGAGGAUCAACAACAGGGUUGCGUGGCGCAUGGCCGAGAUGAUUGAGCAGAGCCGCAAGGAGAAGGCCGAGUUGCUGGCGCAGCGCAAGGCGAAGGCGCAGGACGACGGGCUGCCGGCGGAAGAACAGAGCUUGCUGCCCAAGGACGCCGUCCGAGACACGGUCAUCGAUGCGCGGCUUGCUGGUGGUAUGGUCGCUAUAUCUGCGACCUGGGUUGCUGUCGGGGCGUAUCUGAUCUUCAUCAAGGUGGGCUUGUGGGUGAAGGCGAGAUUUAGGAGUUGGUUUGCGAGGGAAGCGGCAAGCACUCAGUGA